UCUGACUCUGUUGCGUUCCCCCAACGCUGGGCUCUGGGUCAGAGGCAGUGGGAGCCGGCUGGCUUCGGCGGGCCCGUCGGGCGCCGCCACCAUGGAGGAGUGGCGGCAGUGCGGCCGCUGGCUUAUAGACUGCAAAGUCCUACCCCCCAACCACAGGGUAGUGUGGCCCUCGGCUGUGGUCUUCGACCUGGCUCAGGCGCUGAGGGAUGGAGUGCUCUUGUGUCAGCUGCUACACAACCUUUCACCUGGAUCUAUAGACCUCAAAGAUAUCAACUUCAGACCACAGAUGUCCCAGUUUCUGUGUCUGAAGAACAUUCGAACCUUCUUGAAAGUCUGCCAUGAUAAAUUUGGGUUACGGAACAGUGAGCUGUUCGAUCCGUUUGACCUGUUUGAUGUCCGAGAUUUUGGGAAGGUCAUCUCUGCGGUAUCCAGACUCUCUCUGCACAGUAUUGCACAGAACAAAGGAAUUAGGCCCUUCCCUUCAGAAGAGACCACAGAGAAUGAUGAUGAUGUGUAUCGGAGCUUGGAGGAAUUGGCUGAUGAACAUGAUCUGGGAGAGGAUAUCUAUGACUGUGUCCCGUGUGAAGAUGAAGGGGAUGAUAUCUACGAGGACAUUAUUAAAGUGGAAGUCCAACAGCCUAUGAAAAUGGGAAUGACAGAAGAUGACAAAAGAAAUUGCUGCUUGCUAGAAAUUCAGGAAACAGAAGCCAAAUACUACAGGACACUUGAAGACAUUGAAAAGAACUAUAUGAAUCCUCUAAAGCUGGUGCUGAGCCCUCUGGACAUGACAGCUAUCUUCAUCAACCUGGAGGACUUAAUUAAAGUGCACAACAGCUUCCUAAGGGCCAUAGAUGUAUCGAUGAUGGCUGGCGGGAGCAGCCUGGCUAAAGUCUUUCUAGAAUUCAAAGAAAGGCUACUGAUCUAUGGGGAAUACUGCAGCCACAUGGAGUAUGCCCAAAACACUCUGAAUCAUCUAAUUGCCAAUCGAGAAGAUUUUAGGCAAAAAGUAGAGGAAUGCACCUUGAAGGUCCAAGAUGGGAAGUUUAAAUUGCAAGAUCUGCUAGUGGUACCAAUGCAACGGGUUUUGAAAUAUCAUCUCCUCCUGAAGGAACUCCUCAGCCACUCUGCGGAUCGUCCAGAGAGACAGCAGCUCAAGGAAGCACUGGAGGCCAUGCAGGACUUGGCAAUGUAUAUAAAUGAAGUCAAACGGGACAAAGAAACCUUAAAGAAAAUCAGUGAAUUUCAGAGUUCUAUAGAAAACUUGCAAGUUAAACUGGAAGAAUUUGGGAGGCCAAAGAUUGAUGGGGAGUUAAAAGUCCGAUCCAUUGUAAAUCAUACCAAACAAGAUAGGUAUUUAUUUUUGUUUGAUAAAGUGGUGAUUGUCUGUAAGAGGAAAGGCUACAAUUACGAGCUGAAGGAGAUCAUCGAGCUACUCUUUCAUAAGAUGACAGAUGACCCAAUGAACAAUAAGGACAUCAAGAAGUGGUCUUAUGGGUUCUACUUAAUCCACCUUCAAGGAAAACAAGGUUUCCAGUUUUUCUGCAAGACUGAAGACAUGAAAAGAAAAUGGAUGGAGCAGUUUGAAAUGGCAAUGUCAAACAUUAAACCAGAGAAAGCCAAUGCAAAUCAUCACAAUUUCCAGAUGUACACAUUCGACAAGACAACCAACUGCAAAGCAUGCAAAAUGUUCUUAAGGGGAACUUUCUAUCAAGGCUAUCUUUGCACUAAAUGUGGGGUUGGGGCACAUAAGGAAUGCUUAGAAGUGAUUCCUCCCUGCAAAAUAAGGCCCAUUGGAUACAUAUGUCUUCCUAAAUAUAUCUGCAACUGUUCUCCUGUCGAUCCGGACUCCCUAAGUACAGGAACUGGUCCUAAGAUGGUAGCAGUGCAGAAUUACCAUGGUGUUCCAGCUCCUCCUGGCAAGCCAGUGUUGACAUUCCAAACAGGCGAUGUGAUUGAACUGCUGAGAGGCGAUCCUGAGUCUCAGUGGUGGGAAGGACGGUUAAUGCAGACCAAGAAGUCGGGUUAUUUUCCUAGUUCAUCUGUAAAGCCCUGCCCUGUGGAUGGACGGCCACCAAGCAGUAGACCCCUAUCCAGAGAAAUAGACUAUACUGCAUACCCCUGGUUUGCAGGCAAUAUGGAGCGACAACAAACUGACAACUUGUUGAAAUCUCAUGCUAGUGGGACAUACUUGAUCCGAGAAAGACCCGCAGAGGCUGAGCGGUUUGCGAUAAGUAUAAAAUUUAAUGACGAAGUGAAACACAUUAAGGUGGUGGAGAAAGACAACUGGAUUCAUAUCACGGAAGCCAAGAAGUUUGAAAGUCUGUUGGAAUUAGUAGAAUACUACCAAUGCCACUCACUCAAGGAAAGUUUUAAACAACUGGACACCACGCUGAAGUAUCCUUACAAAUCUCGAGAGCGCUCAGCUUCAAGAGCUUCCACCCGGUCGCCAGAUUGGCUGGUUUCCAUCAACUUAUGUGGAAGAGGAGGGUGUGCAGUGACAGCAGGACGUCGGGCAAAGCCCAAGAUUCUCUCGGAAGAGUCUCUCAGGAGCGGGUGCAAACCUCUAGUUCCAGAAUCCAGAGGGGCGUGUCCUCCACGCUUCCAGUAUUAAGCAGCCUGAAAGGGGUGGGGGAAGGGUCGGGGGGAGGGGAACAAGAUACUAAAUGCAGACCAUUUGCAAAUCAGUCAUCUGCUGUUGGUAACCCAUCCCAGGGUACAGGACUUGUAUAUAAAACUUAACAGUGUAUCUCAGAUUACAUUGCUCCAGCAUUACCCACCAUCCCAGAGAAGGGAGAACACAGAACCUUUCUGAGCCCAGACUAGAUUGUUGGAAGUUUAUUGCCAGCCUUGCUGGGCUGGUGCUCCAGAAGAGCAUCUGGGACCAAGGAGGAAGACCCACCGCUCUCCUGGUGAUGGCAUUCACAAGAUGUCAGAGGGCAGUGGGGAAAAGACCCUGAAAUCAGGACUGACAGAAGAUUCCCGUAAACUGUUUUCCUUACCUUACCUUACCUUGUCCCCAAUCUCUUAAUUUGCUGCUAGCUCCAAUGCCUAGUGCUUCAGGAUGCAGGAACCCACCCACAUGUUUUUGGGUUCUGCUGCCCCUUCCAGAUCACCAACUGAGUCCUGGGCUGAGGGACUGCUGGGGGAAAGGGCUGGCCUGAAGGCCACUGUGCAUAGAAGGAAGGUGACCAGUCCAAAGUGUUGUCUGUAUAAUAUUGAUUUAUCAUUGGAUCAUAGAUUUCAAACUGGAGGAACCUUAGAGGCCAUCUAGUCCCUCCCUAUUUUCAGAAUGGUCUGUCUUAGGUUACCUCUGGGCUAGGGAAUGGAAAGCCCAGUUGUCAUAGGAAGCAAUCUUUCCCUUGGGGAAGCUGGGAAAAUGAAGAGAGCCUCAAAAUGCUGAAACCCCCCAUCAAUGGUACCACUUAUAUUGGCAUCAACUAUUGUCUUCCCCUGCCCCCCCCCCCAAUUUUUUCCCCAUCUUCUGAAGUACCUAGAAUGUAUUCAUACUAUUCCUGAAAACUGGUAAACAGAAACAGAGUCCCUAAAUAGGGUCAGGGAGAAAAGGAUGAUUUUCUUAUGUUAGGGACCUUGCUAUUCAUGACCUCUUGGAAAAAGGACUCUCACUCCUCCCAUGAGGUGUCCCCCAGAUGGCCUCCUAGAGGCCCCCUUGAAAAAAAUAGCAAUCUCUGGGUAUUUCCAGCAUGCUUCAAAGUGUCUUCUGAGACUGGUCUCCAUUUUCCAUGCCCCAACACUUGGCUGUCUCCUCUCCUACUGAAUUGAGGGCAAAGUUCUUUUCUUCUGGGGCUUCUCCCAGUCUCCCAAACCAGGAGCUACUUUUAGCUCUUGUAAAAAUAAGUGCUCUUGUGAUUGAUUACUCCCUGUUCUACUUUCUAAUACUUCUUGUCUCCCCCUAUCCCCAGCCUCUGCUCCUGAACUCCCAGUCAAUUCUCAUCAUUUGCCCUAUAGGACAAUAGAAUCAUAGAUUUAGAAUUGGGAAAGGACCUUAGAGAUCAAUUUAGUGCACUUCCCUCAUUUCACACAUGAGCAAACUGAGGCCCAGAGGUGUCAAGUGGCUUGCCAAAGGUCACAUAGGUAAAAAGGAACAGAGGUGGGAUUAGAACCCAGGUCCUUUGACCCUCAAGUUUAUUACCACACAUUGCUUAGAGAUAGAGACAGAUCUAUCUGAGAGGCAAGUAUCUUGGUCUUGCUCCUGUUUCUUUUUCCUGACCUUGUCCAAGUUUGGGAGAGGUUACCUUGUUUGAUUUUUUUUUUUUUUGUGCCAAAGCUACAGGCAGAAAAUCAUCCCACUCCCCCUCCCCAGCAUCUUUCAUUCAUCUCUUGAGCCACUUGGUGACUAGGGGAGGAAAAGUUGGGGGAAGGUGGGAGGUGAUGGAGAGAAGGGAUUUAAGAGCUCACUAAUAUCCCUCCUGGGAAGGAGGAACCCAGAGAGAUAAGGGAUAGGAAUCUGUUUGGUUGUUUUAGCCCCUGCUGCUGUUUGGUGCUAACUGACUGGAAAUUACUCUGGCUGGUUCAUUUCACCAUUAACUGUGAUCAUUUCUGGAUCAAUCACACAUUCCUUAUAUCUAGGAGGUGGGGCAGGAAGGUAAUGGGAAAAACAUGCUCCAAAGACCUGUGAAGUUGUAAGAUUUUUAGGGGGGAAAAAAACCAUUUAAGAAAUGUAUAGAAAUGUCAGACAGGCUUCCAGUCCUCAACAUGAGCAUCCCAGAGUCAGUGAGGACUUCCUUUCCCCAGCCCCUAAGCUGUUUGGGUGCACUUUGCCAGGGACUGACAACUCUGAGUCAGGAAUUCGGCUAACUCCCUGUCAGUCCCAGGAGGGGAGGGGGCCGGAAGGGAAGGAGGUGAAGAGGGAUCUUUUGUGUUUACUGUUGUAAGAAACUCGUUCUGUUUUGUUUUUGUUUUUAAAGAAGAGAGUUUGUAAUUAUUUCUCCAAAUGCCACGAUAUAUAUCUGUGAAUAAGGAAAAAUGUUUUUAUGCUGGCAAGAAAUUGUAUAUAUAUUUUAGUUCCAUCAUGAAACAAGUCAGAGUUGUAAGUGAGGAUGUUCAGAAAUAGGAAAUAAUAAUGUAAAUGCCUUGGGAUUUUUGUUUCUUUGCAUUGCACUAACCAGGGAGGGAGAGUUAGGGGGCGACGGGGGAUUGUGGAAUAGUUCAUAGCUGGCCAUCGGGAAGUCCUCUAGGGGUGGUUUAUAAUCCUGGGGUAGGAAAGGCGCUGACUGAGAAGCCCUUUGCAUGCAGGUGAGGGAUUUCGCAGUUAGAGCAUGCCCCAUUAACGCCCGCAACAAAACAGAAAUGGAAUUUUGCCAAUAGAUUUUUUCAAAUCAUGGUUUUUACUGCAAAUAAACAUACAUUCUUUUCUGCAGAA